CACAACUCUCAAUGGCUCACACGCCAACUCUCGUGUUUCUAUUCUCUCUUUACCUCUUCAAUAUCGUCACAAACUUCCCUUCACUCGCAAACGCUCUUUCCUCUUGCAACGGACCAUGCAACAACCUCAACGACUGCGCCGGCCAACUCAUCUGCAUCAACGGCAAAUGUAACGACGAUCCCGACGUCGGAACCCACAUAUGCUCCGGAGGCGGCGGUGGAGGCGGUGGCGGCGGCGGAAACUGCCAAUCCUCCGGCUCCCUGAACUGCAAGGGAAAAUCAUAUCCUCAAUACACGUGCUCUCCGCCAGUUUCGUCGUCCACCCAAGCCAUUCUCACUCUCAACGAUUUCAGCGAAGGUGGGGACGGAGGGGGUCCCUCUGAGUGUGACGAGCAGUACCACGACAACUCCGAGCGCGUGGUGGCACUUUCCACCGGGUGGUACAACAAAGGCUCGAGGUGUUCGAAAAUGAUUAGAAUAACGGCGGCUAAGAACGGGAGGAGCGUGACGGCAAAGGUGGUUGACGAGUGUGACUCCGUUAACGGUUGUGACAAGGAGCACGCGGGUCAACCACCGUGUCGUAACAACAUCGUGGAUGGGUCACAGGCCGUGUGGGACGCGCUCGGGCUUAACUCUGAUGUGGGCGAAGAGCGCGUGACUUGGUCCAUGGCUUAAAAUUUGAAUAACGACCCUACGUACGAGGAUUAAUUAAUAAGGA